AUGGCGGCUAGUGCUGGUGCCAGCAGCUGGUCGGGCAGCAGCGGCGGCAGUACAUCCUCUCAAGGACGUCAACUGGCUACCGCACAACCCGCCCAGGAGGAGCGCCUAGUGGUUGCGGUACGUGUACGUCCGAGCCUGGAGGCCACCGAGCGCUGCAUUGAGGUCAUCUCUGGCGGCUCCCUGCUAUAUGAUGAUGGUGGCAAAAGCCGACCACGCAAAUAUUCCUACGACCAUGUCUUCAAGGAGAACGACACACAGGAACAGGUGUACAAAACCACCACAGCGCCACUAGUUAGAGAUGUCCUGAAUGGUUACAAUGCGGCGGUCUUUGCAUAUGGCGCUACUGGUUCCGGCAAGACGCACACAAUGCUGGGGCCUGUGCCGCGCAAGAAACCCUCGACAGCUGACCGCGGGCCGACAGCAGCCGGUGGCUACGAGGCGGAUGUUAGCAGUCAGGACAUUGGCUUGAUGGUGCGCGCGAUCGAGGAUAUUUUUGUACACAUUGAGGCAGCAGGGCCAGAGAGCUCCACCAAGGUAUCGAUUUCGUAUCUUGAAAUUUACAAUGAACUAAUACGGGAUUUGCUGAAUCCUGGUGGACCGCUGGAGCUGCGUGAGGAUCAUCGUGGCCAACGCAUUACCGUAGCCGGGCUCUCCGAAAUAACCACAUCCAGCCGCAAGGAGGUCGUCAGCCUGCUUAUCAAGGGCAACAAGGCGCGCACAAUGGAGCCCACAGCAGCCAACCAGACUUCAUCACGCAGCCAUGCCCUGCUUAGUAUUACUGUACAGACCCGCACGCCCCUGGGCACCAAGCAGGGCAGGCUCUUUCUAACUGAUCUGGCUGGAUCGGAGCGCGCCAAGAAGACGAAGAAUCGUGGCAAGCGCUUGCAGGAAGGCGCCCACAUCAAUCGCAGUCUGCUGGCUUUGGGAAACUGCAUCAAUGCCCUGUCAGGCGGUGCUCGCUACGUCAACUAUCGCGACUCAAAGCUCACCCGACUGCUCAAAGAGGCGCUCAGUGGCCGCUGCAAGACGGUCAUGAUCGCCCACGUCGCUCCCGAGAGCAAGCAUCGGGACGAGACCAAGAACACCCUGGUAUAUGCGGAUCGUGCAAAUAGCAUCACCACCAAGCUGCAGAGUUCCGUAUACAUUGAUGAGUUCAAAAACUUUCCCACCAAGCACUACCAGAGCCUGGUCUCAGAACUGCGGGACGAGGUCACCCGCCUGCGCACUAAGAUGCUAACGGAACGUCCGCGCAGCGGAGCUGCCGCCGCGGCAGCAACAACAUCAGCACAUCAGCCACCCAGCGAGGAGCUAAACGAGCAGCGCAAAACGGAGCUGCGAUAUCUGCGGGAACAGAUUGUGCUGACCUUUAAGCAGCAGAUGAAACUGCGACGCAAGCUGCUCGAGGCGGAGAGCCAUCUGCUGGGCCUGGAACUGGAUGCCGAGCGACAGCAUAUGAUCAUUUCCCACUGGCAGGGGCGCAUUGGCAAGCUGUAUGAUGCACCUGGAGAAGAUGACGUGGAAUCGGAGGGCUCAGUGGCUUUAAAGAAUGCCUGGGGUGAGUUGGCGGCUAUAGAGAAGGAGACGCGGCGUUAUAAGGAAAUUCGUGAGCAUACAGAGCACGAGCUGGAGCUAUGUCGCCAGAAGGGUGUCAAGUUAGAGGAUGAGCUUCCGGAACGCAUUAGCAGCGAUGAGGAGCGCGAGCUGCUUGCCCUUCUCUGCCGCGUCCAUGAACUGGAGGCGGACAAGGUAUCGCUGCAAGCGGAGCGGCUGGCUCGUCAGGCGGAGCUGCGGCGUCGCGAUCUGCAGCUGUUGCGUGCCGAGCGGCAACGGCGCCUGUGCGAGGACAUCAUUAGCUCCCAGCGUCGUCUUAUUGAGGAAGGCAACGUCGAGCUGCCGGAUGAGCUGCGCGAACUCUACGGCCUGUAUCAGCAGGAGAUACACGCCGGAGUUGUCACGCCCAGCACAAGCGGCUACGAGAAGAAGCUGCCGCCCAUAUACACAGCUGGCUCCGAUUCGCCCAGUUCCAGUUCCAGCUCUGAAUGGUCUCCCGCCUCACCAUUGCCGGUUAUAGAAGGUCAUCCCGAGCUCAUUGUCGUACCGGAGGGUCCCGAUCGCCUAAUGGGUCCGCCAGUGAAUCCGCGUCUGCCACGUCUGUCCACUGCAGUGCCAGCGACCGGCACACGCCGCCCCUCGUUGCGUCUGGGCAAGCAGACGCAUCCUUAGAGGCGGCAGCGCCAACUCUGUUCGAGUUGCUCAGGAAUAGUUGUAAAGGAUUAGGUUAGGAUUCUAA